AUGUUAACUGUAAUGAGGGAUUUGGACCGAACUUAUGGAAUUGAUAUGAUGAUCUUGUUGUACUCGACAUUUGUAGAUUUGAUACUGACGCCUUACAAUUUAAUCGUCAACCUAAGAGGACAGAAGACAUUGAAUGUGUCGCUACUGUUAUUAGAAUCGAUAUACAUGUUAAUGCUAGUAGUGGCUGUUGUGGCUAUCGUGGAACCUUGUCAUAAAACGCUAAAGCAGGUUGAACGUGCCAAAUUUCUCGUGAGCAAGAUCGCUAUAAACUCAAGUGAUAAAUUGGUCGACGUGGAAUUGAAGAAGUUCAGCCGUUUCUUAAUCCUUAGUAGAGUCUCAUAUUCCCCAAUGGGUUUGUGUACUAUAUCGAGAUCACUAAUUGCUACGGUAGCUGGCAGUGUAACCACUUAUUUAGUUAUACUUUUACAGUUUCAAGGUCGGGAUGUUGGUGAAUACUGA